UCCAGUAAUCAACAUGAAGCUUCUGCUCGCAUCAAUGGCCGUUCUAGCCGUGGCAGCUUACGGCUUAGAUCUAGAUGCCAAUGCGUGUCAUCCAUGCCCCCAGUUCUGGCUUUUAUUCAACGGGAACUGCUAUCGUUACUUCGGGGAGCGGGUCACUUGGCUAGAGGCUCGGGCUCGCUGCAGGGAUCACUAUUCCUUGAAUGGAAGGGCUGAUUUAGUAUCCAUCCACACGGAACAGGAGAACGCCUUCGCAUACGACCUUUUCCGCUCUUCUGCAAGCAUCACACCGGGUCUUGGUGAGCCGCCAUACUAUGGGGUUUGGAUUGGUGCCUACCAGACAACAGAAGGCUCAACCGGACCCUUCAUUUGGUCUGAUGGAUCCGGUCUAGACUUCGAGCAAUGGAUGAUUGGUCAGCCGGACAACUACGGUAACGACGAGGACUGCGCCCAUUUGUGGCGUAGGGACGCAGAAGAUGAUAUUCUCCAGCCUUGGAACGACACUCCCUGUGAUAAAUACGUGAUGCCUUCCAUUUGUAAGGUGGUCCCAAAUUAGAAAUCCUAAUUCGUCUGUACCCUAAAUUCGAAGCUUCCUUGAUAAAUCUGUAUGGAUAAGACCAUAACUUGAAUUCUUUGAAAAAAAUCUUGAAAACCUUGGAAACUAGUAGUGCUAGCAGCAUAGAUUAAUUAGGGCUAUCAUAACGUUCCGAGGGUGUGGCAUGGAUGACCGAUUCUAUUUUCCACAGUCCAUUAGUCAGUCUAUCGUGUUUUCGCUUCAUCGCAAGAGACAAUUGACGGUUUGGGAGAAUUUUACAUUAAGGUUUCUUUCUAUUUUGGUAUACAAACUGCGCCACUAUUCAACGGUUAGGUCUCCGUCACAGAUGCCAACGCUGUAUUAUUAUUAUUUUUUUUUUUUGGGGGGGGGGAUGUAUAGGCACUUAAAGCCCUUCAAAAUACAUGUUUAAAGCAAAUGUCUGGAGAUAAUU